GACUUGUGGGAUUGUACUUAAGGUUGGAGCUGUCAAACGUACGAUUGAAAUUGUUUACCUUAAAAUACUAACGUUGUGCUUGCGUUGGAAUACAUGCAAACUUAAAACAGUAAAAUGUCGUCAGGUCUGUAUAAGUCGCAAAGUGUGCACAGCAAAGAGUAUCGACAAUCGGAACGACGACAUGCUUUGCUGGAAAUUCAGAAGAAUCGUCGAAAUGAGUUGAUGGAUGAGCAUCGAAGCAUUGAGCCUCUUAAAAAGAUAUUCCGCAAGUCGACACAAUCAAAGCACACGCGCAUAAAGAAUCAGCUCAUGCUGUCGGAGUGGCUGAAAGAGGUGCCAGACGACAUAGAAAAAUGGUACAUCAAACCAUGUCCAAAAGGAACUAGAGUGCUAGUCAUUGCGGUCGAUGGUACAACGCGAGUGUUCAAUAAGUACGGUGCAUUUAUGAAGAGAUUUCAAUCAGAGCUGCCGGGCGAUCGACGAAACCGACGUGAUUUACUCACAAUUCUCGACUGUGUUUAUGUUGCUGCAUCGGAAGAGUAUUUCGUGUUAGAUGCACUUGCGUACGGUAAUCAAGCGCUAACGGAAUGUGAUGCCGAAUUUCGAUUCUUUUGGAUUGAAUCACAAAUACGUGAAUCGAACCUAGACCAAGUGUCCGAUCACAAUGAAUAUCCGUUUCGAAUCAUUGAGAAAUGCAAUUGCGGCGAUGAAAUGGCGCUAAAUGAAUUCUUGUCGAAAUAUCCCGUUUGGCCAAACAAUCAACCAGAAUUAGACGGAUUCCUAUUUUAUCACGGAGAGGCUUCGUAUGUGCACGGUAAAACACCUCUGGUUGGAUGGUUGUUUACCUUUAUGAUUCCCGAACUUUUUGACGCUCCGUAUCUGAAUGAAAACUAUCUAACGGAAAAACCGGCCGAUUAUCUUAAUUAUCUCACCUUUAUGAAGCAAUUUGACGAAGACAUAGAGCAAAAACGUAGAAAUAGGAGAAAUAAAUACGUUGAACGCAUGGAAGAAGAAGGUGAAGGAGAAAGGGCGAAGGAAGAAGGCAACGAUGCCGCGUCAGUCGUAAAGGAAGCCAUGGAAUUGGAAAAAGGCGGAGCAGAAGAUGACGAAUUUAACGAUUGAAAUUAUCAACGAAGCAGCCUGUCAAUGAGCCAAAACCAAAUUUGAUCUACUUUGUAAAAAGAUGUAAAAAGUACUAUGUCAUAUAAAAAAAUGCUAAUAAUUUAAAUGGA